GCCGCGGCCGCGGGCGCCCGGCAUGUCUGUGCACUACACCCUCAACCUGCGCGUCUUCUGGCCCCUGGUGACCGGCCUGUGCAUCGCCCUGGUGUGCCUCUACCACGUCCUGGGGGGAAGCGGGGGCGCCCGGGCCGAGCCCCCCGACGGCGCGGACAGCGGCUUCCCACUGCUCAAGGCGGCGGUCCUGCUCUUCCUCGGCUACGUCCUCCUGCGAUGUCGCCAUGCUGUCCGGCACCGCUUCCUGCCCAGGUCUCCCCGCCUCGGGGGCCACUCUGGCCCGAGACACCUCCAAGAGCCGGGCCUCGGCAUUUUGUUGGAGAGCUACUACGAGCACGAGGUGCGCCUGUCGCCCCACGUGCUGGGCCACAGCAAGGCGCACGUGAGCCGGAUCGUGGGCGAGCUAGUGCGGGCUGGCCGCACCCAGGCGUCCCCAGGCCCCAUCCCCGGGGGAGCGCUGGCCUUGGCCUUCCGCGGAGACUUCAUCCAGGUGGGCAGCGCCUAUGAGCAGCAUAAAAUCCGACGGCCCGACGGCUUCGAUGUGCUGGUGCCGCUGCGCCUCCCGCAGCUGGUGGCGCUGGAACCGCGGAGCCUGGGUGCAGAGUCUGCCCUGGCCCCCGCCUUCCGCGGCUGCUUCGUAUGCGCCCUCAAGGCACCACCCUCGCCAUCGGGUGCCUCUGGGGGCCACUGGCUUCGGGACUGCAAACCCUUUGCUGAUGGUUUCUGCGUGGAUAUACGUGGACGCCGCCACCUCUCCGCCUCGCUGGUGCUGCGCUGGUUCCAGGCACACCUGCAGCGCUCCCUGGCCACGGUGCGCUACAGCCUAGAGGGGCGCUGUCGGGUCAGCCUGACCCCCGGCAGCCUGGAGCAGCCUCCCACUCUGCACGGCCGCCCCGACUACGGCUGCUGCCGCCUCUCCAUGGCUGUGCGUCUUAUCCCCGCCGUCCAUCUGGGAGAUGGCGUCUUCCUUGUGGCACCACCGCCGCCACCGUGGCCCAUUGGGCCCCUGUCGGAGCUCCCGGGAGACCUGCGAGCAGAGGCGCUGUGGGGUGUGAACACAGCGCGCCAGGAACAGAAGCUGCUGAGCUGGCUGCAGGAUCAGACCCCUCCAGGUUCCUGCUACCUCAAGUGCCUGCAGUUGCUUAAGGCCCUGCGAGACCUAGGCGCCCGCGGGCUGGACCCAACGGCUGCCACCCAGUGGGGGUGCAUUCUGUCCUCCUAUGUGCUCAAGUCGGCACUGCUGGCAGUGCUGCUGCGUGAGGGGGCCCCAGCACAAGGCUGGGAUGAGGAACACGUGGUCGAG